ACAUAUGCCUAAGAUACGAACUUCUCCCCCUCACCCCAUGUACACAUUCUCCAGCAUUCAUAGCAUCUCUGUGACAUCACCAUGCCUCAGUGUCACAGCCCCGCCCAGACAUGCCUCACAGUGCCAGACACGUGGAUCAGCCGGAUAUCCCUUAAGAGUGCAAGGUUAGGGGCACACUCUGAGCCGGAAUGGGCGACUGGAAAGGCUAUAUCAGUGCGGUGCUGCGGGACCAGCGUAUUGAUGACAUGGCCAUCGUGGGCCACUCGGACAAUCGUUGUGUGUGGGCAUCGCGCCCUGGGGGCCUUCUAGCUGCCAUAUCACCACAGGAGGUGGGUGUGCUCACAGGGCCUGACCGGCGCACCUUCUUGCAGGCGGGCUUGAGCGUGGCAGGCCGCCGCUGCUGUGUCAUCCGAGACCACCUGCUGUCUGAGGGAGAUGGUGUUCUGGACGCUCGCGCUAAGGGGCUGGAUGGGCGUGCUAUCUGCGUGGGCCACACCCCACGAGUGCUCCUGGUGCUCAUGGGCCGCCGGGGUGUGCAUGGGGGCAUCCUCAACAGGACAGUGCACGAGCUGAUCAAUGGGCUACGCAAGCAGGGCACAUAGUACAGCUAGGCCACCAGCGACUGUGUCAAAAUAAACUGCUGUGCAUGGCCCGCUCA